ACUUGCUUCCUCUACCUACCAAAACGUUGUUACUCUACAGCCCCGAAUUGAGGCAAUUGCCAACUUUCCUGGCCCGAACCAUCAGCCAACAGCCACCAUGUCCCCCCUUCUUGCCAACAAACCUCUCCUUGGCCCCCUUGUCGGCCUUAAUAUCUGGACCUUUGCUAUGGAAUUCCUACUAUACAAACGCAGGAUCCCAGCGCUCUCGAAGUACAACGUCACCUUUGAUCCAGCAACCGUCAAAAAGCAGAAGGCAGAAAAGUUACCAGCUUUCGUUCAAUGGCCGGCAGAUAAUUUCAACAACUUACUGGAACAACCUACUCAGUUCUACGCAGUGUUGCUGGGGCUGAGCUUUUUGGAUGUCAAGGACAAGAGAACUGUCAGUGUGGCGUGGACUUAUGUAGGGCUGAGAAUGUUACACAGCAUCAUUCACGUUUCUACCAAUAAUCCUUCCAUACGCUUUCCGGUCUUUGCUGCGAGUUCGCUCGCACUACUUGGACUCACGGCUCAGGCAGCUUGGAUGCUUCUAUUCUAGGGAGCCGGUCACAAUACCGAACAUCUAGUUCCAACGUGUUAGGGCCACACCUGAGAUCAAUCAAUCAAGCAAGCUGACAGCCCCCGGCUUGAUUGAUUGGCUGUUUGUAUGAGAUUUGGCUGGAUUGAUUGAAUUGGCUUGGCGGAAAGUUGUUAGCUUGAUUGGUAGCUUGGGUGCUUGAUUCCCAAAUAGGAAAGUUGUAUAUAUUUUUUGGUGUUGAGUCUCAGCCGUCGUCCCAUGUAUCUAGAUCGUCGUCUUCGCCCACCCACUUGCUAAGCUCGUACAAAA